AUGGGAUGGUACUGGGGUGGUGUGACAGCCAGUGAGGCAAGGGAUGCCCUCAUUGGAGUGUCUGAAGGGACUUUCCUUGUGCGUGACAGCAGCCAUCCACUCUACCUCUUCACCCUCUCCGUACAGACCUGGAGAGGCCCCACUAACGUCCGCAUUCAAUACGACAGCGGCCGAUUCCGUCUCGAUUCCAGUUUUCCAGCCCGAUCUUGCCUGUUGUCCUUUUCUGCUCUUCCUAGUCUCGUGCAGCACUAUACAUCCACGAGUCUAGGGGAGUAGAGGAUAGCAGAAGAACAUCACGUGGUGUCAAAGGACAAUGGCAUCCUGUUGAAGCUCAGGAAGCCUCUGCACAGGCCUAAGGCCUUUCCAGCAGUACAGCACCUCACACGCCUCACUAUAAACAGACAUGCUGGUUGCCAUACACAGUUGCCGCUGCCACGGCCGCUGCUGCUUUACUUGCAAGAAUACCCCUUUCAGGUGUGA